AGGGGAAGGAAAAACAAAAUGAUGAGCGAAAUCCAAGGCGAAACCCCGGUGGCUUUGGUUCGUGCGCGGAUGUGCGCGUGCCUCCCCUCCAUUCUUGGCCUGACUGAGUGACCCUCACGAUCUGCUCCCUCCUCUCUCUCUCUUCCUCUGUCUCUCUCUGUCCUGUCUCUGUUUUUUUUUUCUCUGUUUUUCUCUCUCUCUGCGAGCUCAUUCAUACACAAUUUCGCAUCACCACAUGACCGUUUCCUCCUUGGAACAUCCCUAAACAGCAGCCCUCCUCUUUCUCUCUCCCCCUCUCGUCCCUCCAUUCUUCCUUUCCUCUGCUCCCUUUCUCUCUCCUCUGCGUUUGCGUUCUUGGGUUCUCUUUAACUGGUCUGCAUUUGCCUUUCUUGGAUUCUUUGACCCAAGUCCCUCUUUUUCAUCUUUUCCCUUUUUUUUUCCUCCGCCUCUCUGCUUUUGAUUUCAUCCGGGGACGUCCUUCUUGUUCUUCUUCUUGGUCUCUCUCUCUUCUUUUCGUUCGCAAAAGCAAGGAUCUUGCUGGGUUCUCGCUGUGUCUUUCCCUCAAUUACUUCGAACCCUUUUCCUUGUGUUUUUCGAUUUGGUAAGUGAGCGGGGUUGGUUUUAUCCUGCGCGCGUCGUUUGGACGUUGCUUUUGUUCUUGUGUUUUGGAUGUGCUGUUGAUGUCUUUGGCCGUUGGAGUGGCUUCAAGUUCCAAGAACAUGGGAUUUGAGGAGAAGAGCAGCAGGUCCAAGGAAAGUACAGAGGUGAAGACGCCUCCGAAUGAAGAGGUGGACGAAUUGCAUGGGGAGAAGAUUCACAGGACCAUGAGCGAGAGCUCCGUAUGCGCCACCGAGGAUGAUGAGGAGGAGGACGUGAAGAAGAUUGACUUGGGUCCUCAGGUCACUCUCAAGGAACAGUUUGAAAAGGAUAAGGAUGAUGAAAGCUUGAGGAGGUGGAAGGAACAGCUUCUUGGAAGCGUGGACUUUGAUUCUGUUGGAGAAACACUGGAACCAGAUGUCAAGAUUGUGAGCCUUGCAAUAAUUUCUCCUGGUAGACCUGAUAUACUACUGCCAGUUCCUGAGAAUGGAAAGCCCAAAGGCUUGUGGUUUACUUUGAAAGAAGGCAGCCGUUAUAGGCUCAAGUUCACCUUCCAGGUCAGCAACAACAUUGUGUCGGGUCUCAAAUACAGCAACACAGUAUGGAAAACUGGUGUUAAAGUGGACAGCACAAAGGAGAUGAUCGGAACUUUCAGUCCACAGCAGGAGCCCUACACACAUGAAAUGCCUGAAGAGACGACACCGUCUGGCAUAUUUGCUAGAGGAUCGUAUUCAGCCAGAAGUAAGUUUGUUGAUGAUGACAACAAGUGUUACCUCGAGAUCAACUACACUUUUGACAUCCGAAAAGACUGGAGUUCAACUUCAUGAAGCGCUCUCCAACUCUAUCAAACAUGGCCCUGGUCUUGCUUGUUUCACAGGUUGAUGUAUCUGAUGUAUUACCAUAGCUGUGUAACUUAUCUUCAGUUUCGUCCUGGAUGGUCAUCUAGACAAUUGAGACAAAACAUUUGUUCGAAAUGUUAUUGGCAUGAAGAAAAUAGGUUUGAAGAAAGAAGCUGCUGUUCCUUAUGAGUAAUUUGGAAGUGGUGCAUCUGAGCAUUUUUUCUGUCUCUGUCUCUCGCUCUUAAUGAGCACUGUGAUCAUAAGAACUGGUUGUCAAGAGCAAUGUAUGUUUUUGUCAUCUAUAUCUUGUGGUAUCUUUUAUCUGA